AUGUUUGUAGAUUUUGGUUUUGCUGAUAUUGUAGAUAACAAAAAAUAAUAUAUCAGAAAAUGUGGAACAAUUAAUUAUAUGUCACCAGAAUUACUAAUAUCUGAAAAAUAUAUUCAGGCAAGUCUCCUUAAAAAAUCUGAUAUAUUUGCUUUAGCUACUCUAAUCUUUAUACUAUAUUAUGGAUUUCCUCCAUUCUCUUAGGCAUCUUAAGACUGUCUUUAUUGGAAAAUGAUAUCUGGAUAAAAAUGGAAUUAAUUUUGGAAACUUGUUAAUAGAAAUACUAAAUAUAAUAUAUUUUAAGAAUUAUUUUAAAAUAUGAUAUACUUUAUUUCAUUAAUUUAUUAUAUUCUAUUCUAUAUCACUUUAUCACCUAAUCUUGUAAAUAGAUAUAAUAUUGAAUAAGUACUCAAUCAUCCCUAGAUUGAUGGAAAUCACGAUCUAAACUAAUUAGUUAACUUUAUUUGA